AUGGCAACUGUUACUUUAUCGCUUUUAGCUGCCAAUAAAAUGAAUGGAGUUGGAGAAACUAUUGCUACCUUGAAUGCUCAAAUUCAAAGGACUAUUACUAAGAGGAAAAAACUUCGUGGACGUAAGAGGGACUUGAAGGCUUUCGAUCUCUCUGCUCUAUCAGAGUCUCUUCCUGGAUUGGAGGCUUCUGAACAAAAAUCUUCUGCAGCCAAGUUGUUGAAAGUAGAUUGCAAGUCUAGGCUGAAGUUUAUAUUGCAGGAAUCAAAGCAAAUAGUUAGAGUUCUUAGUCAUCCGAAAUUCCUGGCAGACCCCUUGGGAUCUAUUCAACCACAUUUAGAGACCAUACAACCAAUUGAGGAACUGAAGAAAAAGAGGAAUAUAAAUGGUAGCAAGAAAAGGAAAGAGGAGAAGUCGAAAGCCUCUGCAAGACCUUCGACUAUGGAGAUGUGACUGAUCUCUCACCACCCUCCUCAGUUGAAGCUUGGUAAAUACAUUUAUGGGUAUUUUAGUUGGUAGAACAGUUCAGUUCCCUUGAGCUCCCUCCUUCCUUUGGUAGCUGUAGGAGGAAUCUCUCUUGAUUCCAGUAGAGGAUUAUUGUUUAUGAA